AUGCCAACGCCACCCCAAGGAUCUUCACGAUACUUUCUCUCAACAGCUUGUCGCCAGCUAAAAGUCAACCAAGGAAAAAAAAAGAAAGACUUUCGUUGUUUAUCGCAUUCUGCGCGUCUAACUCACCGCGAUGAUGGCUCCAUCUCCCAACUCACACCGACCAACGAAGACCACAUUCGAUGCGCACAACCGCGACCGAAGCGACUGGUCGUUGGUAUCACGGGCGCCACUGGCACGCCAUUUGCAAUCCGGCUACUUCAAAUACUGCAUGAGAUCGGUGUCGAGACGCACUUGAUCAUGAGCAAGUGGGCGCUUGCGACAUUGAAAUACGAGACGCCCCUUAGCGAGAAUCAGAUUCGCGGUCUAGCGCAUACCAACUACACUGCGAGGGACAUGUCGGCACCGGUUGCGUCUGGGUCGUUUCAACAUGAUGGCAUGAUAAUAGUGCCAUGCAGCAUGAAAACACUCGCGGCUGUCCGAGCUGGGUUCGGAGACGACCUGAUAUCCCGCGCCGCUGAUGUAACCCUCAAAGAAGGCCGGCGGUUGACGCUUGUUGUGCGAGAAACGCCAUUGAACGAUAUCCAUCUCGACAACAUGUUGUUUCUUCGACGGGCUGGGGCUGUCAUCUUCCCACCCUGUUGGUCGGAUGCUGGACUCACUGGGCUUCCACAUCGAUAG